CAAAAUGGCGGCGGCAGCGGCAGCGGGGCCGGAGAGAGGAAACAGAAGGAGCCGCUGAGCGGGUCGGGCUGCGACGCGAAUGGAGCCGGCGGGCAGCUGCCGCUGUCGGAGGUGAGGAGCCACCGGAGGCAGUGUGUAGCCAAACCAAUACAGCAUAAUAUGAUAAAUCUGAAGUGCCUGGCAAACUGCACAUACAGCACCACUGAAAUGCAAUCACUUCUGGACAAGGAGCGAUCACUUCAGAAAUCCAGAAAAUGUUUGCUGUAGGAAAUCUGGAAGACAUAACAUCCUCUUCUUGCUACGAGAAAAUAAAUGGAGGAACAUAGUCUGCUGGAUCUGGGAUUGAAGGUUUAUAAUGGAUUAUGGGAUAAUACAUUGAAGAGCCAGCAGACGGCAUGCCUGAGUGACUGAAGAAGAUGGGUGCUAAUGCAUCUAACUACCCUCAUUCGUGUUCCCCAAGGGUAGGGGGAAAUUCGCAGGCACAACAGACAUUCAUAGGAACAUCAUCCUACUCUCAUCAAGGUUAUGGCUGUGAAUCAAAACUGUAUAGCCUUGACCAUGGCCAUGAGAAACCUCAAGACAAGAAAAAGAAAAGCUCUGGCCUUGCCACCCUCAAAAAGAAAUUUAUUAAGCGUCGGAAAUCUAGCCGGUCUGCUGAUCAUGCCAAGCAGAUGCGAGAGCUCCUCUCAGGCUGGGAUGUUAGAGAUGUCAAUGCAUUAGUAGAGGAGUAUGAGGGAACUUCAGCCUUAAAGGAGCUUUCUCUACAAGCAAGUUUGGCAAGACCAGAAGCCAGGACACUACAGAAAGACAUGGCUGAUUUGUACGAGUACAAAUAUUGUACUGAUGUAGACUUAAUAUUUCAAGAAACUUGCUUCCCUGUGCAUCGUGCGAUAUUAGCAGCAAGGUGUCCAUUUUUUAAGACACUGCUUUCUUCCUCACCAGAAUAUGGAGCAGAGAUAAUAAUGGAUAUCAACACAGCUGGCAUAGACAUGCCUAUGUUUUCUGCUUUGUUACACUACCUUUAUACAGGAGAGUUUGGAAUGGAAGAUUCGAGAUUCCAAAAUGUUGAUAUCCUAGUGCAGCUUAGUGAAGAAUUUGGAACACCAAAUUCCUUAGAUGUUGAUAUGCGUGGGCUGUUUGAUUAUAUGUGUUACUAUGAUGUGGUUCUUAGUUUUUCAUCCAACUCUGAACUGGUAGAAUCAUUUGGUGGAAGUCCAAACUGUUUAGAUGAAGAGCUUAAAGCUCACAAAGCUAUUAUUUCAUCACGGUCGCCAUUUUUUCGACACCUACUGCAAAGGAGGAUACGAACUGGUGAAGAAAUCACAGACCGAACGCUGCGGACUCCAACUAGAAUUAUACUGGAUGAAUCUAUCAUACCAAAAAAAUAUGCUAAGGUCAUUUUAAACUGUAUGUAUACAGAUGUGGUAGACCUCUCAGUUUUGCACUGCAGCCCCUCGGUGGGGAGUCUAAGCGAAGUUCAGGCUCUCGUAGCAGGAAAACUAAACAUGACUAGGGCUGAAGAAGCUAUGGAGCUUUAUCACAUAGCACUGUUUUUGGAGUUUAACAUGCUUGCACAAGGUUGUGAGGAUAUUAUUGCUGAGAGCAUCUCACUAGACACUUUAAUUGCCAUUCUCAAGUGGAGUUCUCAGCCAUACGGCUCCAAGUGGGUACACCGCCAAGCAUUGCAUUUCCUCUGUGAGGAGUUUACCCAGGUCAUGACUUCAGAUGUCUUUUAUGAACUGAGCAAGGACCACCUGCUGACUGCUAUCCAGUCUGACUAUUUACAGGCAAGUGAACAAGAUAUUCUUAAGUAUCUUGUUAAAUGGGGAGAACAUCAGUUGAUGAAAAGAAUAGCAGACAGAGAGCCCAAUUUACUGAGUGGUACUGCCCACAGUGUGAACAAGCGUGGUGUAAAGAGGCGAGAUCUUGACAUUGAGGAGCUGAGAGAGAUCCUAACUUCUCUUUUACCUGUUGUCCGCAUUGAGCACAUUUUACCUAUGAACAGUGAAAUACUGAGUGAUGCUAUGAAGAGAGGCCUCAUUAGCACCCCUCCUUCAGACAUGCUACCAACAGCAGAAGGUGGAAAGUCAAAUGCCUGGCUACGGCAAAAAAAUGCUGGGAUAUAUGUUAGGCCACGACUGUUCUCACCAUACGUAGAAGAGGCGAAGUCGGUGCUAGAUGAGAUGAUGGUGGAACAAACAGACCUCGUUCGUUUGCGGAUGGUUAGAAUGUCCAACGUGCCCGACACCCUCUACAUGGUAAACAACGCAAUGCCACAAUGCUGUCAUAUGAUUAGCCACCAGCAAAUCAGCAGUAAUCAGUCCAGUCCUCCUUCAGUUGUCGCCAAUGAAAUCCCAGUUCCCCAUCUCCUUGUUGUUAAAGAGAUGGUCAAACGGCUCCAGGAGCUCCGUCAUACUGAGCAGGUUCAAAGAGCAUAUGCUCUUAAUUGUGGAGAAGGAGCCACUGUCAGUUAUGAGAUUCAGAUUCGUGUAUUGCGAGAGUUUGGACUUUCUGAUGCUGCUGCUGAGCUUUUGCAGAAUCCUCACAAGUUCUUUCCUGACGAGCGGUUUGGGGAUGAAAGCCCACUCUUAACUAUGAGACAGUCUGGACGAUGUCGAGUUAACAGCACUCCCACUGCAGAAACCAUGUUUACAGAACUUGACUCUUUUGUGGCCUUCCAUCCACCACUGCCCCCUCCUCCACCUCCUUACCAUCCACCAGCUACUCCUAUUCAUAGCCAGUUCAAAAUGGGCUGGAAACAAAGGGUGCCGAGUCAACAUCCCUCACGUUCCUUUUCUUAUCCAUGUAACCAUUUACUGUUCCACUCCAGGACAGCUCCUAAAGUUGCCCCACCUGUCUAUGUACCCGGUGUCAAAGCAGCAGCACCCCCUGAUUGCACUAACACUACAGGACUGGGGAGACAAACAGUAGCUGCAGCCGCAGCAGUAAUGGCAGCUGAAAAGCAAGCAUGUACUCAGCCCAUGUUAAAUGAGUUGAUGCCAGAUAUUGCUAUGGGUGUGUCAACGAUGUCUCUAAAGGACAGAAGAUUGCCAGAGCUCACUGUUGACACAGAAUUAAGCCAGCCAGUGACAGAGGUUGGACCUGGACCACCCCAGCAUAUUUCAUGUAUUCAGACUAGGCACAUGCACAGUUCUCGAAAGAAACAUGCAAUAGAACAAAAAAUAGAUACUCGAGAAAAUCAACAGGAGUAUCCAGAUUUCUAUGAUUUCUCUAAUGCUGCAUGCAGACCUUCCACUCCAGCACCUAGCAGACAUACUCCUUCACCUUCCCAAGGCAUGUAUUUUGGUCCAGAUUUGUAUAGCCACAGUAAGGCAUCACCAAGUGGCUUAAAGUCAGCUUAUCUACCUAACCAAUUAUCUCCUAAAAAGCAAGAGGAUUCUAGGAGAGAAUAUGUGCUUUCCCAAGAUGGGCAUCAGCACAGACAAAAGAAUGAGCCAAUACACCUCGAUGUCUUAGAACAACCUCCCCAGCGGUUGGACUUGGCAUUGGCUGCCCAGGAAAAUGCUGGUAAUGGCCCAGUUCACAUCAGGGGAAGAACAAAAAUGGAAACUGACUUAACAUAUGGGCUAACUUCUGCCAGACCUUCACUCUCUACAUACAGCUCUGAGAUACAAGAAGAGAGAUCCAGCAGGAGACCAACAGAUGAGGAGCCUCUGGAACACGAAGCACAGAGAAAUACAGAUUUGGAAAGGGAAGAUGCAGUAAGCAGAGGAAGGAGGUCUCCAAGCAAACCAGACUUUCUGUAUAAAAAAUCUGCCCUCUGAACGCAACCUCCACUAUUUCUCUGUGCCUGAGAGUUGUGAAACACCCCAUUCUUUGCAACUUUUGGCCUGACUUUUGUCAGACAAAUUCAUUAAUGCCAGCAGAAAACUCAAUUUUGCUCACCUUUUUGUAUAUACAUUGCUUUAUUAGAGACAGCAUGCUAUCAGUUUAUUUUGAAUGCUGCUUCUGGGUUUAUUUUUGUGGUUUGAAAAUAUUAAGCCUUUACAAAAAAUAGCUGGCACUUUUUUUACAAAUUGGUAGCCUUUUGCACCUGUACAUUUAUUUUACCUGUAUUAGUUUUGUAUUAAUAUGUUAAAUUUUCUUGUUACAUUUAAAGGACUGUAUUUUCAUACUUCUGCAUUUUAUCUUUCACCUACCAAUUCUCCAUGUGCAUUGGGUUGCACACUAUGAAAUGUAUUUUCUUAUGAGAUAGUAACAAUGUGUUUAUUUUUUAAUUAUAUGAAUUCCAAAGAACAGCACAUCAAAAUACUUUUUUAGUAACAUUGUUUGUUUAGGUCUGAAAUCUGCCUUGAUCUAUCACUACUGCAAAUCCAGUGUAAUACCAUUCUGUUUAACAUGUCAUGGCAGCUGGUCUCCAUUCAUUCUGAUUCAACAUGUCUACUCUAAAACAUAUGGCUAGGGCUUUCAAAAAAACCUAAAGGAUUUAGAUUUCCAGGUCCCAAUGAAAUUCAUUUGAAGUUGGGUGUUGUUGCAUUAGGCUCCUUUGAAAAUCCCAGCCUAUGUUUUCUGGUCCAUUUGUGAUUUUGGAGAACUUCAUGGGCACUGAGAAGCAUUUAUCAGACUCAAAUGAUUGAUUUGUGAAGAAAACCUAGAAAUACUGCAAAUUGAUCAUAACAUUACUGUGCUAGUCAGGAUACCCUUGAAUUGGGCUGUGUGGAGGUCAGAGUUCAGAGGAUUCAUGCCAACACCUAAAGCUCUAGGAAGAUCAGGCUUAGUAUCUGACAUUAUUGUCUAAAUUAUAACAUUGUCAAAUGAGAGGACUGCCUCUCUAGUGGAGGUGCUGAGGUGACUGCUCAUUGUCUUCUUUUGUCCUAUGAGAAAAACAAAGGGCUUUAGUCUACCUGAUGUCAUUCAGUGUUCCUUAACAUUUUAAUGUCUCUGAAUUUAUCAUUUCAGCUGUCCUUUCGUGAACUGAAGAGUAACUGAGUUAGCUUCAUUGGUUGCAGAUGGCUUAGCCCAUUUUAAAAUUACACCUCUAGCCCUUGGAGUAAAACAAUAAUUGUGGGGCAGGGGUGUCUGACUCUUCCACUAACAUAAAUACAAGGUAGAGAGGAGACACUCGUCGUUUGGGAACAUCCCUUACCAUUGUGCUGAGGUUACACAGUAUAAGGGGUUUAGUGAUGGUCAUUGAAAAGUCAACACUUGCCAAUAGUUAUCACACGCUUAUUUCCCAUUCUGAAUGUUGUGAAGACUCUGGUAUAUGAUACCACAGUGUAAUAACUUCUGGUAAAUGCCUUUUUUUGGAUUGGUCACUAUAAUGAAAGAUCUUGCAGCAAUUGAAGACCUCAGUCAGCGUGAGCUAAAGACUGUUUUAACCUUAAAAAUGCUUAAUGCUAUUUAAAUGUAAAUCUUUCAGUUCCCUUUAGUAUAAGUCAGUUUUCCUGGUCAAAAGAUAGGCGUCUCUUCUUGCCCAUUUCUUUCCCCACCACAAAAUCAAAAACAACCUCUUCACUCUCUCAUUAAUGUAUACAAGGCUUAGGUGCCAUAAGAUCUUAUUGUGCAACUAUGUACUGAAUUUUUAAACUAGAAAGUGGUGUUUGGGUAAACUAUCAUGGGUUUGUGAUCUAGUAAUUCAUAAUCUCUCCUGCAGCACUUUGAUACCAUGUUAAGAUUCCUUUAAGGUACACUCAUGUUAGUCUAAUGAUAUUGGGUGGUGAAGGUUGACUAAAUCACAGUUGAUAAUUAGUCUUUUUCGUCUUAGGAGGCUUAGUUUGAAAUCGGGGCUGGGCCACAAGUACAAAAUGCAUGUGGUGAGUCCAACCUCAUCUCUAAUCUUAUGUUGUGUUCAUAGAAUUGUAACACAGUGUGAAAGUUGUCCUCACCUCCAGAACUGUUGUUAGGAUGGGUUAACACUGGUGUCACACAGGCUAGGGACUGAGGUGUGUUGGCCUUGCUCUGUGAAGUUCGUCACAACAUUUUCUAACACUAAUUCCUAGCUAUAUGUACUGCCCCCCCUUGCCCAUGCUCACGAGCACUAAAAUCAAUGUAAUCCUCUCCUAAAAAGUAAAUGACUACUUGCAUUGAAGGCUAUGUUCAAGUGUUAGUAGCAUGAUCACGUUAAAUCCUAGCUUCCAACAGAAGACUUACUAUUUGUAUAACUUUACCUACGACUUGGUAGAUCUGCUUACAGGAAACCUGUUUUAGCUAUUGAUGAUGUUGUUUGAUGUGGCACUGUACGGUAAAUUGUGGCUCAGAUCUCUUAGAAAUAGCACGAGUAGUUAUUUGAUGGAACUUGUGUGAGGGGUGGCUGGUAAAGAAGGCUGAGAAGUUUCAUGAGUAUGUUUUGAAUGCACCCAUGAAAUGUUUUUGCAGUGGAAUAUGUUGGUGAGAAGCUUUUUAUGGAAAGUCGGUCUGCCCUUAGAAAACAGUUGCCACUUUCGAGGUCUCAGAAGCUGGCAUUUCACACCAUCAAGCAGCACUUAAGGAAAAACAACCAUGAAAAAGCAAGAAGUCCUAGACACGCCAUAAGACAA